CGCGACAGGAAGUUGGCUUGAAAACAAGACGGAAACUGAAGUUAUCCUAAAAAUGGAUUAAAAUUUAAAAGUGUUGUUAUUGUCUUCGAGUUGCGGACGCUUCAGAUGAUGUCUAACACGGCGAGGAGCGGAGACAUCAUCCACCUGAAUGUCGGAGGGAAGAGGUUCAGCACCUCCCGACAGACCCUGACGUGGGUUCCUGACUCCUUUUUCUCUAGUCUGUUGAGUGGUCGGAUCUCUACUCUGAAGGAUGAAACCGGAGCUAUCUUCAUCGACAGGGACCCCUCUCUGUUCGCUCCCAUCCUCAACUUCCUGCGGACCAAAGAGCUGUACCCCCGCUCCAUCAACGUGCACAUGCUCAUGCACGAGGCCGAGUUCUACGGCAUCACACCGCUGGUACGUAAGCUGCAGCUGUGUGACGAGCUGGACCGGUCUUCCUGCGGAAACGUGCUGUUCAAUGGCUACCUGCCUCCACCAGUGUACCCAGCGAAGCGUCGUAACCGUCACAGUGUGGCGGGGUCGCAGUUCAUGGGGGCCCGGAUCAUGCCCGUAGAGAGGGCCCCGGUCAGACGCAGCAACACCAUGCCCCCCAACCUGGGGAACUCCGGGAUACUGGGCAGGGCCAGCACUGAAGACAGGCCGUCAGGAGGUCAGUCGUCAGAUUCCGGCAUGGUUCGGAUCGUCUGCGGUCAUCAUAACUGGAUCGCUGUGGCCUACACACAGUUUGUCGUCUGCUACAGGGUGAAGGAGUCGACCGGGUGGCAGCAGGUCUUCACCUCUCCUCGUCUGGAUUGGGUGAUUGACAGAGUCGCGCUCAACGCCAAGGUGAUGGGCGGCUCGCUGGGAGACAAUGACAAGAUGGUGGCUGUUGCCUCGGUGACAGAGAUCAUCCUGUGGGCCAUCUGUCCAGACGGCAACGGAAAUGAAAUUGGCGUCUUCAGUCUGAAUGUGCCGGUGGAGGCGCUCUUCUUCGUCGGCAACCAGCUGAUCGCCACCAGCCACACCGGGAAGGUCGGCGUGUGGAACGCCGUCACCAAACACUGGCAGAACCAGGACGUGGUUCCUAUCAGCAGCUAUGACACUGCCGGCUCCUUCCUCAUCCUGGGCUGCAACAACGGAUCCAUCUACUAUAUAGAUGUUCAGAAGUUUCCUCUGAGGAUGAAGGAUAACGAUCUGCUGGUGACGGAGCUGUACAGAGACCCGACUGAAGACGCCAUCACUGCUCUCAGUGUCUACCUCACGCCUAAAACUAGUGACAGUGGGAACUGGAUCGAGAUCGCGUAUGGGACCAGCUCUGGGACGGUUCGAGUCAUCGUUCAGCAUCCAGAGACCGUCGGCUCGGGGCCUCAGCUCUUCCAGACCUUCUCUGUCCACCGCAGCCCCGUUACCAAGAUCAUGCUGUCCGAGAAACACCUCAUUUCAGUUUGUGCGGACAACAACCACGUCCGAACGUGGACGGUGACUCGGUUCAGAGGGAUGAUCUCCACCCAGCCCGGAUCCACGCCGCUCACCUCCUUCAAGAUCCUCAGCCUGGACGACGUCGACGGACACGGAGGCUGCAGUGCCGGGACAGAGAUAGGUCCAUAUGGGGAGAGAGACGACCAGCAGGUUUUUAUUCAGAGAGUCGUACCGGACACCGAUAAACUGUACGUCAGACUGUCGUCCAACGGAAAGAGGGUGUGUGAGGUGCGUUCGGUGGACGGCACCUCCAUCACGGCCUUCAUGGUCCACGAGUGCGAGGGCUCGAGUCGCAUUGGCUCCCGGCCUCGGCGCUACCUGUUCAGCGGCCACGGCAACGGCAGCAUCCAGAUGUGGGACCUGACCACCGCCAUGGAGAUCGCCGGCAAGGUCGACAUCAGAGCGCUGGGCGGGCCAACAGAGGAGGAGCUGCUGGAGCUAUUGGAUCAGUGUGACCUGGCUCCUACCAGAACACCUGACAGCACACCGAGAGCCUCUACCUGCAGUCUUCACUCCCAGCUCGGCGAAGGCUUCAGGGCGGAGCGUAUCCACUCUGCAGGAGGAGGACGAGGAGCCGGAGCUUCGGGUUCGUCAGCUUCGCUGUGCGGCAGCCUCCCCCGGCAGGCUCCGUCCCCCAUGCCGCUAGCCAAACCUGUCCGAGACCUCGGCCUCUCAGCCGGGCCCGCAGGCGGACUGGAGAGCCUCGCCGUCGCCGUCGCCGGCCCCGCCUACACCCACAGCUCCACCUCCAGCCCUAACCAGACCGCCAGCCCCCGUCCCCCCAGGCACCUGGACCGGGACAGAGAAUGGGCUAUCCGCAGGGGGAGCUUCGUGGAGCGCUGCCAGGAGCUCGCUAAGGGUUCAGAGGCAGCUGGGGGCUCCGGGUUUGGGGUCCUGGCGGGGUCAGAGGGCAUCAGGCGUAGCUUGGCAAUGUGCAGCGAGUUAGAGGCCAGAUUCGGCCUGAGGACCCCCACCACCUUCUCUGUGUCACCCGGUGCUCGCCAUUCACCUGGAACACCUUCAUCACUGUCAUCAUCUCAGGCAUCCUCAUUUUCACCACACCCCAGGGCCACGCCUACUUCCCCAACAAGCCCCACCCCCUCAGCGGUGAGCCCCACCCGGUCUCAGACCCCCGUCUCACCUCACCACGGCGCUGCAGCCUCUCCCGCUGACAUCCCAGCAUCACCCGAGAGCCCAACGAGCCCGGACAGCCCCGCCGCCGGUUCCCCCACCGCUCCCCCCACCAGCCCCAAACCACAUAUGAACGAGACCAGCUUCUGAUUGGCUGAUGUGACUGAGACUCAGAUGCUCAGGGCGAAUCAGUGGAAGACCGAAAAAGUGAAAUAAUUCCUGUCAGAACAGACGGAGUUGAUCCUGAGAGCUGAAACACGUUUUCAGCAGGUUUGGAUUUCUCUCGUCACAUGUUGAGACGUGAAGCCCGAACAGCUGCCAGUCGGCUGUCGAGUACAGUCCCGUUGCCACGGUUACCACAUGCAAGUUGACAAGAUGACGACUAAUGAACUAACGUCAGGCUUGAAAGUCUCCACUAACUGUUUUACUGAAGCUGCACUAAUCAAUAUUUUUACAUUAUCAGUAAAUCAAACGACUCACUGUAACCUUGAAGCCAGUAACCGUUCGCUAAACCCCAUCCCAGAGUUACUGUUGCCGGACGUUGCGUUCUCACACAGAACGUGUACAGUUUAUAGUGCCAGUGACAAAUUUAUCAUCACCAGAAUUCACAGUCGUUUCUGAAACAGCGGAUCCUUGAUUUCAGACAGUCAGACACAAAAGCAGCUUCUGGUUUCUAGCAGACGAUCGUCGAUCGUCGACGCCUGAAAGGAUGACUGAGCAAAUCUACAGAACUAAAGACUUCAUCAGUGUUGCCAGACGGGACAGACUGAACCCGUGCAGUUUUAUAUAAAAAAGAAGAAGAAGAAGAAUCAGUCCUCCGACAAACUCUAACUGGAAAAAAUUCAGAGAUAAUGUUACGUUAAACAUAAACAUUAAAAAAAAAAAUCGCAAAAUAAUGACUGGAAUAGGAAAACAGUUUCUACGUAGUUGUACUAAACGGAAGUGACGUUUAGUUUUGUUGGUCAUCACCUAAUACAGCCAAACUUUCUGAGGGUGGAAACCUUGCAAAUGGAACAAAAAGAGAACCUAAAUUAUCAUAGUUAAAUAAAAAGCGUCCUGGUUGGGUGGAACACAACACUGUUCAUCAUCCCCACCAGUAAAUGAUCCAUGUAGAAGGAAAUAAAGACACAGUAUUGUUGUCUUACAUGUAAGAGCUCAUUAGUUGUAGUGUUUAUAGUGUUGGAAGCUAUGAGACUCUUGUGCUAGAUGAGGGUUACAGUCCCAGGAAUCCACGGUUCCAGGAAUCCACGGUUAACGAAACGAGACGCUGCUGUUGUCUUUCUCUGAAAUCAGGGAGCCACUGUCUCCAAAAUUACUAAUUAAUUUGCCAUUGUCGUCGCUGCUGUGUGAGAAUGGAGCAGCUAGAAGAUAAAUGGCUGUAAAAAGCCACUGUCCAACACCUGCUCAGCAGCAACCGGCAGACAGACCCAGUCAGAGACCAGCUGGUGAACAUAGUGGAGCAUUUAGCAGCUGAAGAGCCUGAGGUUUCCCUCAGGAGCUGGUGGAGACCAAAACUGGAGCUAAAAGAGAGGGAACACAGGACACAGGCAGCGCUCCAGAAGAAAUGUCACGUUGCUCUGUGUUUUCAGCUUCUUCCACUGCCCCCAAGUGACAGAAAAAAGACGGUUCCUCCAGCCUUAACUGCUGUUUAUCUUUGUUUUUGUAGCUUUUUGAUAACCAACAGACGAGUCCUUCUAACCACAACCUUUUCUAUCUGUUCCUCUUCUGACUAUGACAGUCUGAGUCUGCUUUGAACCAAAAGAAAAAAAAGUUUGUAUAGAAGCUUUAUUUUUUUUAAUUUGUAUGUUUGAAAUCCUGCAGUUUGGGUGGUUCAGCAACCCGUAAAUUCUCGCUGUGAUGAACAAAAACACGUCAUCUUCUGUCCGUUCGUUCCUUCACUGACCCGAACCCCAACGUCUCACCGUCUCCGUCACAGUGUUCUUUGAUUUUCUGUUGAUGCCGGCACAUUAUCCUCGGUUCUCUGACACCAAACCAAACCGGUGAAAAAGAAAGCGAUCUUUCUGACGCCAUAUUGUACAGGUCCGCAGUUUCCGAAUAAUUCCUGGACAGAGGUUUGCGGUUACUAAUCACACGGAAAAUUGGAAGUUCCUUGGAAGAACUGCUCCAUUUAAACCCCAACA